UUGUAAUUGUGUGAUAUAUAUAUAUAUAUAUAUUCCAAUUUUUUGUAACUGAAAAUCCUUCUCUCCCAAAGUUCUGCAACUGGGGUUGCUACAAAUAGCAAAGUGGAGAAGGGGGAACAUUGUCUAUUUAUAAAAAAAAGUGUGUGUCUUUCCUUUUCUUGAUUUAACUUAGUGUGUUGGAUUUCUGAUUGUUCUCUGAAAUUUAGCAAAAAAAAAAGGGGGUUCUUGAAAAGAAAAUAAAAGAUUAAAAACCUAUAAUUGAAGCUCUUGAGACUUCAAGGUUGAGCAUAGUGUGUUCAAACUCUUGAGUUAGCGUUGUGUUGCUUCGCUUGUAUGCUGUUGAUUAACUGAAGUCCUGUUAUUGGGACGGGUUAUUAAGUCGGUGGUAAUGGCUUAUGGUAAUUCAAGAUCUGUAAGAUUCCAAGAUGAUCUUGAAUCAUCAAAAUAUGCAGCGAUGAAUGGAGAUAAUGUGAUUAAAGUUAAGUACAAUAUUGAUGGAUCGCGAUUACCUGAGCCAGCUAGUAGAAUGAGCGAAAUGGAACCUCACAGGACUGGAAAAUCCUUGAAGGCUAAAGUAUUAUCGCGGGUUUUCUCAGAAGAUUAUGAAAGAGUGAAGAAAAAGAUACUUGAUCCUCGUGGACCUACAGUUCGUAGAUGGAACAAGAUUCUCUUAGUAGCUUGUUUAAUUGGUUUAUUCGUGGACCCUUUAUUCUUUUACUUGCCGGUGGUCCAAGAUGAAGUCUGCAUAGAUAUAGGAACUAAUCUUGAAAUUGCCCUUACAGUUAUUAGAUCAAUAGCUGAUGUAUUUUAUAUGAUUCAGAUAUAUAUUCGGUUUAGAACUGCUUAUGUUGCUCCAUCUUCUCGAGUAUUUGGGAGAGGAGAGCUUGUUAUAGAUUCUUCAAAAAUAGCUCAAAGAUACUAUAAAAAAGGUUUCUGGAUUGAUCUCAUUGCUGCCCUGCCUUUACCACAGGUAUUAAUUUGGGGCAUUAUCCCUAAUUUAAGUGGCUCAACGAUGGCAAAUACGAAGAAUGUCCUUCGAUUCAUUAUCAUUUUUCAGUACCUUCCCAGAUUUUACCUCAUAUUUCCGCUCUCAUCACAAAUAGUAAAGACUACUGGUGUUGUCACUGAAACAGCAUGGGCUGGAGCUGCUUACAAUUUGAUGCUUUACAUGUUAGCCAGCCAUGUAGGAGGAGCUUGCUGGUAUCUUCUAUCAAUUGAGAGGCAAGAAGCUUGUUGGAGACACGCCUGCAGUUUUGAGGAGCGAUCUUGUGAUUUUGGAUAUUUUGAUUGUCGGAGGGUCAAUGAACCACAAAGAAGUGCCUGGUUCCAGUCUAGCAAUAUUACAAAGCAAUGUGCUCCUAAUACUAGUGAUUACCCUUUUGGCAUUUACAGUGAUGCUGUGACAGCUAAUGUUACAACUGCUUCGUUUUUCAACAAAUACUUCUACUGCCUAUGGUGGGGCUUGAAGAACCUAAGUUCUCUGGGCCAAAAUCUCGCGACAAGCACUUACAUUGGAGAAAUUGGUUUUGCCAUCAUAAUUGCAACUCUCGGCCUAGUUCUGUUUGCAUUGCUGAUUGGAAAUAUGCAAACGUAUCUCCAAUCAACAACUGUCAGAUUAGAGGAAUGGAGAAUCAGGAGAACUGAUACAGAACAAUGGAUGCAUCAUAGGCAGUUACCUCAAGAACUAAGGCAGUCUGUACGGAAGUAUGAUCAAUACAAAUGGGUGGCUACAAGAGGAGUGGAUGAGGAAGCUCUUCUGAAAGGACUUCCUUUAGAUCUCCGUAGAGAUAUCAAGCGCCAUUUGUGCUAUGAUUUAGUCCGAAGGGUUCCUCUGUUUGAUCAAAUGGAUGAAAGGAUGCUGGAUGCAAUAUGUGAGAGGCUCAAACCCGCAUUAUGCACACAAGGCACUUGUCUUGUGCGCGAGGGUGAUCCUGUCAACGAGAUGCUCUUCAUAAUUCGAGGAAAUCUUGAUUCUUACACCACGAAUGGUGGUCGUACUGGUUUCUUCAAUUCUUGCCGUAUUGGUCCAGGUGACUUCUGUGGUGAGGAACUGUUAACAUGGGCACUCGACCCACGUCCAGGUGUGAUCCUUCCAUCCUCCACUAGGACAGUAAAAGCAGUAUCUGAAGUAGAGUCUUUCGCGCUAGUAGCAGAGGACUUAAAGUUUGUUGCAGCACAAUUCCGAAGGCUACAUAGCAAACAACUAAGACACAAGUUCAGAUUCUACUCACACCAGUGGCGUACUUGGGCUGCAUGUUUCAUCCAAGCAGCAUGGCGUAGACAUAAAAAACGAAAGGGUAUAGCUGAGCUUAAAGCUCUGGAGAAUCUUAUGGAUGAAACUGAGUCCGUUAACGGACAAUUGGAUAAAAAUGCAUCAGCUCCAGGCUCAGGCUUUGCAGCAAGAUUGACAACAAGUAGAAGAGGUCAUCACAAAUACUCGAGUUCGGAUUCCAAUGCAGUUAGCUCACUACAGAAGCCUGCAGAACCUGAUUUCUCAGUUGAUGAAGAGUAGCUUAAAAAGAGCAAAUAUAUCAUAUGAAUAUACACAUGUAUACAAAUGUGAGAGGUGUUAUACUAUGUACAUUGGCAUUUUCAUGAUAGUAAUUGUUUAAUGUUUAAACUUCAGUUAAAAGUAGAAAACUCUUAUUGCUUCUGUGUAAA